AUGAUACAAAUCUACGCGCUCUACACGCCUCAUAGCAAGAAGUCCUUAUGGCUUCUCCCGAUAGUGUUCUGCCAAUUUCCGCUCCCCUUCGUGGCGUGGGCCCGUCAUACAGGCUUCAAUGAAGUUUGUAGUUUGUCGGGGACACUUCAUGGUGGGGUCAUUGUCGGCGGAGUCGGCGUAAUCAUUCAUUUGUUUCUUUUUUACAUUAUAUUUCGCAAACGAAAUAUGGUAAUUGGGCAAGCAGAAAUAGUCCCCUUUGUUGUCCGUGGUGCGGCGUGGUGUUUCGUUUUGGUCAUGUCGGUGGUGGGAGCGUGCAUUCCUUAUUCGUAUUUGGAUCGUACAGCAAAUCCCUACAUUAUCUUCAUCUGGCCGAGCACCCUCUUUUCUAUUGCUACGUGCAGGAUUGUCAUGAGCAUGAGGCGCAUGAACUCCUCUAGCCAACACUCACUGGCCUCCAUCAAUUCGUCCUUCACAGAUGUCGUCACUAUGGAGUUUCCACCUGAAGUUUCUAUGGGCUCCUUGGGCCCUCAUUUUAUGGUGGAUUUUCUAUCCCCCUCGCUGGAGGUGACGAAUGAGCCACCACGAACUGAGUCAUCGGCGAGCACAAAGGCGGGGACAUUACAAUUCCACGAUCCAUCGAAUCCAAAGGAGUUUUCGGCUGUAGAUCCAGACUCAAGCUUGAAGACCGAAAAUGAAAUCUGA